AUGAGCGACCCCGACGAUAGCAAAAGCGCAUCGGGUAUUCCCGCCUGGCAGCGUGAAUCACAACACAGCGCAGCCGAAUCCCCGUCGCAGUCCGAAUCAACAUCACAGGAAACCAAAAGCGAGGACUCUGCUGAAGACAACCUCGAAGUAGCGCGCCGUUUCUUGGAAGACGAUGAGAUCAAAAACUCUCCAAGGGAGAAGAAAGAAGAGUUUCUCAAGACUAAGGGAUUGUCAUCUUCAGAAAUCGAAGAAUUGUUGGGCAACAGCUCCGCUUCAGAAGCGGCACAAGAGAUUGCGCAGACAGAACCCGUGCCAGCUGAUCCAGCGACGAUAACGACACCUGAGCCACAUUCGACAUCUCCAAACGACGUCUCCCUGCCCCGAGCAAACGACAAUCCUCCGGUCGUAACUUACCCAGAAUUCUUGACCAAACCAAGCCGCCCACCACCUCUUAUCACGGCAAAUGGCAUUUUCAACACUCUCUAUGCCUUUGCAGGCAUAUCUACCCUCCUGUAUGGCACAAGCAAAUUCGUAGUGGCUCCGAUGGUCGAAAACCUAAAUGAAGCCCGCGACGAGCUUCACGAGACAACAUCUCAAAAGUUAUCUGCCAUAAUCGAGAAGCUUGAGGGCACCGUCUCCGAGAUUCCCUCUAAGAAGCACACCGUCGAUCAGCAUGAGGAUAACGCGAGCAGCAGCGAUGACACCGAAGACCCGUCCGAGCUCUUUCACCGCGAUAUCGGUACCCAGACGUCCUUCCCCUCCUCCCCGAGGCUGGGAGUCACGUCUGGCCUGAAUGAAAAGACAGAGGGACCUCAACCCAAUUCUUCAAAGCUGGAAAACAUUGCGCGCUUCGCAAAUCAGAUCAAGGACACGUGCACAUCCGAGACGGAUGACCUCGUGCACAUCAAGUCUUCCAUGGACCUUCUCAAGGAUGAUCUUAUGCAGAUGGCGUAUCCUGCGCCCAAGGACUUUUCCAGCGGGCUGUACGGUUACCGGUCCAACGAGCCUGAUGAUGAGAUCAAGAAAGUCAAGGACAAUAUCAGGCGCAUCAAGGGAGUUAUGCUCAGUACGAGAAACUUUCCCGCCUCGGUUAGGUGA